CUCCCUGUAUCAGCAGCAGGGAAGCGGCAGGGAUCCUGAACUUUUCCCAUCAGUUCUUCCCCUGGAGAGACUACAGGCUGCGUGGUCCCGUACCAGGAACCUUCCUUCCCCCGUCGCUCGGAGCCAAGGCAUCCGACAGCUCCUUCCUUUCCUCUGUGCUCAGAAGUAACCUCACACUCAUCACCUCGCUCUCCAAACCAAACCGGGAGCCCUAGACUCCUUCGAACUUGUAACUGCUUUGGUUUAUCUCAUCUGAAGUGAUAAAUCAGGUGAAGUUCGUCAAGAAGCUAAAGCAAAUGCUGUGUUGUCCAGCAGCGUCGUGUUGGUGCUUCUUCAGUCCGAGUUUGAGCCACAAACUCCGUGCAGGGCUUGUCUAAGGGAUCACUGUUGACAGCAAACAUCCCACACCUGAUUUUAGAGGAGUCUUAGCUCGCUCGCAGCAGAAACAGAUCUAGAGAUGCUACUGAGAGGAGUGGGAGACACCACGCAAUUGUGGACAGGACGAGGUGGGGGCCGGUUUGGCACAGAGUGGUUCAGUCUCACCGAUUCAAACGCAACUCAGCCUCUUUGAUUCUCCUGGAACUCAAACCACACCUGAAACCCGACCUGCUACGCAAUUCCCAGAGGAGUUUGGGGAAGCAAAGAGCUGGGGAACCUGGUUAAGAGAGUGGAUGUAGUGGUUAUAAAAACCUCACCGACCUCAGGAAGAGCCAUUGCCAACCGUGACCUGCAAACUGUGCAGCAGAGAGGCAGAGUCCUCCAAGUGUGACGGGAUAAAUGCACAGAAAGCAGCUGGGAUGAAAGCGACCGGGAUCUCUUCAGCUGCGAUCAGGCGCUGGGGAAGGUGUGAGCAGGAGGACGGGGCCGGGCCGGCAUUGAUCUGCAUGGGGCCACGUUGGGCAGCGCCGUGGCCGGGUGACUCGGCAGCGAGUUACUUGCCCGUAAUUGCCGUGCCGAGGCUUUCAUAAUUCAGUUCUGGUGUGAGAAAGGGGGGCAUGCGGCCGCUCACGGUGCCUGGGAAAGCCACAUGGGGCUAAAAUUACUGUCAGAGCCUCGGGCGCGGUGGGUGUAAGGGGAAGAUCAGUGACGCUGCGGGGAGAAGAUUCACCCUGAAACUUCACGCUGGGCGGCACGGGGGUUUUCUGUGGGAGAUGAUGGAUCAGAUCAUGUGUGAGGCCACGCAGGAAGCUCAGAUUGCCGUGACGUAGAAAAGGGCACAAGAUGAGGUUGCAACACAUUUUCUUCCAGCAGAGUGAAAAACACUUCCUCUCUAAGUAAAACAAAAAAAGGAAGGAGAAAUCGGAUUAUUCUCAGCAGUCCUGCAGGUCCUACAUGUUUCGCCUUCGCUCCUGUCUGCUUUUCAGAGGCCGAUUCAUGUUAUUUAAGAAUAAAACGGGGAUUUACGUGCUGGUGCAAACUCCGAUUUUCCUUUCAGAGGAAUCAUUAUUCACAUAGUCUGCUCCUCUCAGCUUAUUUUUUCCUGGACAAAGGGAAUUGGCUGAUGUAACACAUCCAUCUCUUUCCAUGUGGCACUCAAGGGCUCCAAGUCCAUUUCCUGCUUCUCCCAACAAACAGCGGCACGUUGUCCUUAGGGCAGGUUUUACAUUCUCAAUGCUCCUUACUCCUUGGUUAGAGGGCCGGAAAAGCCGCUCUGAAGCGUGUUGGCAGACGCUACUUGUGUGCCUUACCCUGGGUAGAGCAAGUUGGGUUGUAAACCAAAAGGUAGUUGUCCUUUUUUAUCAGAGCAAGACGGUAUCGGGGCUAUAAGGCACUUAACGCUUCGUUUCCUGUGGCUGUUGCAGAUGGAGAAACCCACGUCCCGAGCAGCUGAUGUGCCACAGGCCCUCAUGAUGAAUGCACGAGGAAUACGAACCUUCUCCAAACUCUUCUUGGAGGAGAUUCUUCCUUUCCCCCACACGGCCCAUGAGCAAUUCCCCUCCUUCCUUGUGCUGCUGCAACUCCUCGGCCACAAAAACUGCCCCAUUUUUGCUGGUUUUUUUUGUACUACAGCUUCCCUGUCUCCUGUUCUCAGACAUGGAGGGAAUGUUCUCCUGGUCCUGUUCCCAUCUUAGAGCUGCUACCAUCAGACCUUCUCUGUGGGGACAGAAAAGGAGCUUCCACGUCACACACCAUGGGCACCCCCAAUAGGACUUGGAAACGUCUGAUGCCUUGCAAUAAUGAAAAUAUCCAGAAAUAACCUUUCUCUCUCAAUGUUACCACCAGGGUGUGAGGCAUACGUAAUGGGGUUAUGGUCAACACCUGGAGCAAUCUGCAAAGAAGCAAAGGACAGGAGAUGGGAACCAGCAGAGAUGCGAGAAUAUUGAUUUAGAAGCCUUUAUUAAAAGACUAGUGAGCUCCCUCCUGUGCGUAAAAAUGAGAAGAGGCAAACCUGAACUGUUCAGCAUCUGUGCACGAAGCUUUGCACAACGAGGGGAAAUAAGGUGAAAUGUGAUGGAUGAAGCCCUUGGUGGAGGACAUGGACAUAAGGUGACAGAGAGACAGUGUUUGGUGUGGUCUGAAAGGAAAACGUUCUCUCUUAAAUAGUCAUUGUAGGUUGUUUCAGGAGAAAAGGCGUUUGCUGCUCGGGCAGUGGUCAAGGCAUUUAGGGCAGACGUGGUAGAAGCCUUAAAAUCUGAAGUUGUGUGUGUGCUGGUGGACUUGUGGCUUCUGCCGGUGACAGGGGACAUAACGGAACAGAGGGAUCAGCCGCGGUGCCGGCGGAGGCCACCUCAUUGAGAUGGGACAGUCAUCCUUCCUUCUGAGCUGCCGGCUGUGUGGGAGAGGAAGGAUCAUGAGUGAUGCGGUGGGUGGACCUCGGGGUGGAGGAACGAGACGUGGAGCACACGCCAUAAAUAGUCACCCAUGGGCGAUGCCUCCAGGACAGGGCCCAUCCGAGGGGUGGACGCUGCUGGCUCCGCGGGGCACCGCUCCCAGGGUGGCCAUGUGUGUGGGGAAGUGCAGCCGGAUCGUGGGUCCCUGCCUGCUGGUGCUGGGCACGCUCUCCGUGGCUGCUAGUGUCCUCCUGCUCUUCCCUGGCGGGACAUGGCGGUACCUGGCCGAGGGGCACAUCAGCCAACACGCCAAGGCCGUGCCGGGUAUCUGGGGCGGUGGCAUCGCUGUGCUGCUGGCAGCGACCCACAUCACGGCGGUGGGGUGGCGAUGCGGCUGUGCCGGCUGCUCUGACUGCGGCACCCGGCGCAACGCUUUUGUCUCCGCUGUGCUCUCCAAGCUGGCGCUCCUGGGUGCCGCUGCCUGCUUUGUCCUCUCCGGGGUGGGUUUGACCAAUGGACCCCUCUGCUUCUACAACUCCACUGAGCACGGCCCCCUCUGGGGUUACCCCUUCCUGGAUGCCGGUGGCCAGGAGCCUGACAUCAGGGUAGAGAACUACCUCUAUGAUCAUCACACCUGGAGCACCUGCCUGGAGCCGGUGGGUGUCGUGGCCUGGAACGUCGUCCUCUUCUCCCUGCUGCUGCUAGUCAGUGCUGCUGAGAUGGUGCUGGCCUCCCUCCAGAUCCUCAACGGCUGCCUGGGCUGCCUCUGCGGCUUCUGCGAGGGGAAGUAGGGACCCGCGGCACUGCUGGGAGGCUGCUGCUCGGAGGGGGUCGUGUCCCCCGCCGUUCCUUGGCGGUGACAAAUGCCCCGGCAGGAAUAUGGCACAGACCGUGAGCUCCACUCAGCACAAGACAGACGGACUCCCCCAUGGGGGACAGACACCCGGGAUGCUGACAGGAGGUGCGUGGGGUUGGUGUGCACAGGGCUGCCCCCUGCCCGGGCGAUGCCUCUCCCUCCACCCAGGGGCCUGGCAGACUUUUGGGGUUGGGAACCAGCCCCGUGAGCGAUGGAGGUGAGGACCUGGCUCCUGGCAUGAGCCCAAUGGCUUCCCCAGCUGCUCCUCGUCAGCGUCCACCUGCCCAAGUGCAAAAUGUGACACGAUUGUAUUUAUAGAGAUAAGAGCUGGAACACUAAUCUAUUUUUGUUAA